CUACCAACCUCAAAAAUGUUCAAACUUUUGAUCUUCGCCGCUCUCCUGGCUUUCGCCGUCGCCAAGCCGCUAGUGGUGAGCUACUCAGCUCCAUAUGCAGCGUACACCGCUCCCGUGGCAGCGGCGUACACUGCUCCCGUCGCCUACUCUGCAUACAGCGCCUACUCUCCGUACUACUCCGCCUACACCUACGCAGCCCCGUACUCUUACUACGUUAUCGCAGUUGCCCUCGCCGCCUUGUUGGCUGUAGCUGUCGCUAAACCCAGCGUCGCUGUUGCCCCUCUCGCCUACUCGUACUCCGCUCCUUUGGUGUCGGCUUACUCCGGAUCUUACUUGCCGUCCAGCUACGGUUACGGCUACGGCUACCCCUCUGCCUACUCGUACUCCCCUGUCUCCUACUCCUCAGUAGCUGCUGUCAGCCCAGUGGUAUCCGCCUACAACGCACCAGUGGCCUACUCCGCUCCCGCCUACUCUUCUUACCCUGGCUACUCUGCGUACCCCAGUUACUACAACGGCUUGUCCGGCUACAGUGCGUACUCUCCCCUCAGCUAUAGCAGCUAUGUGAGCCCUUCUUCCCUGUACUGGAAAAAGAAGUGAAAUACUAAACGAUGACAAGGCAAUGAAUUAAUGGAUUAAAGAACUUUUUAUAUAUA